GAUUUUUUGGCGUUCAAUUUAACCGACGCUGCAACUCCCAACUCAUUUGUCUCUCACAUGUAAGCUAUAGCUGGUUUUAGAACCGAGUUGAAAAUUUGUUAGGGACGAGGCACGAUGUGGCAGUGGAGGUUUUCCGGCGUGACAUGUGGGCGGACAUGUGUCCUAACGCAACACCAAGCUCAUCCACGAGCCAUUCAUUCGACUAAGUAAGGUGACAAAACUGCUUUCUCCGUUUGAUAAUUUAUAGGGUAUUUGUGUAAUACGAAUGAGAGAAACUGGAUUUUUAUGUUCAAAGUAAGAAAUGGAAAUGAUAAUCAUCUCUGUCUGCCUAGCAACAAUCCUAGCCUUUCUUCUCCUAAAACCACUUCUGAAUCGAACCGCUGUCAAAGUCAACCUACCACCGUCUCCGUGGCGAGUUCCGGUAAUCGGAAACCUCCACCAGCUAAGCCUCCACCCUCACCGCUCCCUUCGUUCCCUCAGCCACCGCUACGGGCCACUCAUGCUCCUUCAUUUUGGGCGCGUCCCGAUCCUCGUAGUCUCCUCCUCUGACGUAGCUCAUGACCUCCUCAAAACAUACGACCUUAAGGUUGCAAACCGACCGCAGUUAAAAGUGGUCAAUAAACUUUUUAACGGUGGUCGAGAAGUGGCUUUUUCCCCUUACGGAGAAUAUUGGAGGCAGAUGAAGAGUGUAUGCAUCAUCCAUCUACUCAAUAAAAAAAUGGUACAGUCUUUUGAAAAAGUAAGAGAAGAAGAGAUAAGUGUAAUGAUGGAGAGGGUGGAGAAAGCAAGUUCCGAUUCUUCACCACUAAAUCUAAGCGAGCUUCUUAUAACACUUACAAGCGAUGUGACAAGUAGAGUUUCUUUUGGAAGAAAACAUAGCAACGAGGAAAGCAUGAGCGAUUUCAAGAACCAAGUGAGGAAAAUCAUGGAGCUGGUAGGCGAAUAUCCUGUUAGCGAAUAUAUCCCAUGUUUGGCGUGGAUCGAUAAAAUACGUGGUCUGGAUGAUAAAACGGAAGAAGUGAGUAAAAAUUUUGGAGAUCUUAUGGACAAAGUGGUGCAAGAGCAUUUAGAUUCCAAAGAUAAACCAACAAUGGAUUUUGUCGAUAUAUUGCUAUCCUUCGAAAGACAGAAUAAAGAUGGAAUAGAAAUUCGACGAAGCGACAUUAAGUUCAUAAUCUUGGAUAUGUUUUUAGGAGGAACGGCGACAACUUACGCACUAUUAGAAUGGACAAUGACGGAGCUUAUUAGACAUCCGGAAUGCAUGAAGAAACUCCAAGACGAGAUUUGCGGUGACGAAACAAAGCUUAACAUAUAUAGAUCACAAGAAGAAGUUGAAGAUAUGAAGUACUUAAAAGCGGUUAUAAAGGAGGGGCUUCGGUUGCAUCUCCCUUUUCCAUUACUAGUUCCAAGGCUACUGACUGAAGAUGUCAAAUUAAAAGGAUAUGACAUAGCUGCAGGCACACAGGUAAUAAUCAAUGCUUGGGCUAUUCAACGAGACACUGUGACAUGGGGGAUGGAUGCAGAAGAGUUUAGGCCAGAGAGGCACUUAGAUUCACCUUUGGACUUUCGGGGAACUAAUUUCGAAUACAUUCCAUUUGGAUCUGGAAGAAGGAUUUGUCCUGGAAUCGGAUUUGCAAUGGCUUUGGUUGAGGUGACACUAGCCAACCUUGUGAACCGAUUUAACUGGAGAAUGGAUGUUCGGUUUUCAGGGGAUGAAUAUGAUCUAGCUGAAGCACCGGGAAUCGAUGUUUGCCGCAAAUUUCCUCUUAUUGUCUUUCCAUCUAAUGCUUAAUCUAGUCCCCAUGUUGUCAUGAUGCAGCUUCAAAUGGAUUUUCUCUUAUGUAAUUGAAUAAGUGUUGUAAGGUUGAUUAGCUGUUGAUUAUCGAAUAAACGAAAUCUAGCUAGAACUUCCAAGUUUUUUUUUUAUAACUAUUUUAAAACUCUCAAAAUCAUCUAUCUUUGACCAUCCUUUUAAUUACCAUGUCUUUUUAGUCCGCAUUUUGUAUAGG